AUGCAAUGCGGCACGGUAGCUCCAGCAUUUAGAUGCAGGAAUGAACACUGUAUACCAAAUCCAUGGUUAUGUAACAGAGUGAACGACUGCCAAGAUGGAAGUGAUGAACUUGGAUGUGAUGAGUGUAGUAAAACUGAUAAGUUUCGAUGCUGGAAUGGGAGAUGUAUUCCUCGAUCAGCCGUUUGUGACGCGUAUAACGACUGUGGAGACGGAAGCGACGAAACGUUUUGCCGAACUUUGCGCGGUGGCUGGUGCACCACAAAACAGUACAGAUGCCCCACCGAUAGUUGUGUUCCACUUCAAAAUGUGUGCGAUGGCAAAGCAGACUGCACUGACAGCUCUGACGAAAUUGGGUGCAUAGUUAGUAAGUACCGACAAAACGUACUUUAUUUAAGGUAACCGUCAAAUGUUGGGCAGCGUAAGUGGAUCAAUAUUGGCUGCCCGCGUGCUAAUUUCCGCCAAAAAUUUAAAGGAAUGCAAUAAGGAACGACGGCUCAUGGAAGAUUUACAAAAAUCUUAUUGAAACGUUCAAGUAAAUUUCUCAAGGAAACAAAAGUAGGUUAAAGGGAGAUUGGAACUUUUCAUACUCGAAACUUUUUUUAAACAACGGGUACCCUGUUGAUUUACCAUUUUGUCUUAAGUUUUAUCAAAAAGGUUGAACCUUUUCAAAACGCGUUUAUUGUAGCUUGUAACAAUGGAUGGAAACAAUAUCAGUCAUCUUGUUAUAUGUACUCAAACCGUCAAAGUAGAUGGACUGAUGCUGAAGAUCUUUGUCAGAAGGACGGAGCGCAUCUCGCGAAAAUUACCAGCAGGAAAGAACAAGAUUUUGUCUUUAGCCUUGGUGUUCAUCAACCUUUUCAAAUCUGGAUCGGUUUGCGGGCGCAAGGACCCUCAGGAAAAUUCACUUGGGCAGACGGAUCGCCACUUGGCAAUUUUACUUUCUGGUCAGCGGGUGAGCCCUCUCCAGAUCCUGACGUUUGUGCGGAAAUGAUUCGUAAUGAUGGUCAAGGGCGGUGGCAAACUGGCCAGUGUACAACGAGACACAGUUCAUAUGUGUGUGAGAAAGGUCUGUGUUACUGAAGUAUGUUGAUACAGUCAUAGGGAAUAUCUAGAAAUGCUGUAAAUAUAAUGGUAACUCGUCUCUUUCAAAUAUCACCACUAGAUACAUGAAAUGAAUGGUCGGUCUGAAGAUAUAAAGCGAAGUGUCCAUUGAAAACAUGUUUUGAUUUUACUAUUGCUAGAUUGCAAUACAUUUUGAUAACAAAUGGCUGCAGAAAAAAACGAUUUCAGAAAGCUCGCUCCCAAUCCCAAAGUAUCCGCUUAAAAGAUAUUUCUUGCGUUGCAGAGACAGCAUGUAACAUCACGGGAGCGAGUGGUGAUUGCAAGACUGAUUUUGGUGAGUUUUGAUAACAUUGCUACAAAGUAUUUAAAACUUUCGGUCAAUCAAAAGAGAGCCCAAACCAAGUAAAAGUGUAUAAAUUUUACACAAAACCUUACAGAUAACAUGACACGGGAUACUACUGUAAAUGCCACUUUGUUUUCUUAUUCUUCUUCUUCCAGUAAGUCUUUUGAUCGACGGCAAAGUUCUGGAGCUUAAUAUAAGAUCAAGCGCACAUUAGCAACAUUUAUUUGCCAUUGCGUUGCUACAUAUUCUCCUGACUUCAUAAAAUUUAAUUGUGCAUGUGAACCCUUUGGUAUGAAAAAGUAAUACCAAUACCAAGCCAUAGUGCUUUAGCAGCUAAAUUCCUAUGGUACAGGACCCCACUGUUGAAAAGUCAUACCUGCUAGAUCUGCUCCAAAUUAUCUUUAAAAAGUAAACUAUAACUUACUUAUUGUAAACUGCACCUGACUUUUGUCUAUUUUGAUGUUGUGCUGCUUCUUUAAAGAAACACCGCCGCUCAUGAAGUCUUUCCCACGCGAAGAGAUCAUCUCAGCACAGUAUGAAACUAGCGUGACGGUGCAAUGCGAAGCAUCUGGUUUUCCGAGACCCACAGUCACGUUUCUUAUUAACGGAGUAAAUUCGUACGCUGUGAACAAGGGUCACACAAUCAUGGAACCUUACAAAACAACUGUCACGUAUGUUGUGACAAUGCCGUCUGACGUGGAAUGUCACAUCUCUAACAGAAUGGGUAACACCUUUUGGAGAAUAAAAGUGAAUUUAAAAGGUAAAUCAUUUAAUAAAAAGUUCAAAAGCCGUGUGUGAAUGAGGUAUAUGUUUAGAGUUCACCAUUUUAGUAUCAGUUUCUAUGGAAACUCUUUGAAGGUCUUCAUGAGAAAGGAAUCGUGGUAUGGAGAAAUCAGAUUUUUCCGAUGGAUUGAAAUAUCUUGUGUACAUUUUCCACACCGUGUGAUUUUUGAGUGAUGAUCGUCAUAAAUCAAAGCGAACAUGGUUUUCAAUAUUUUUUUUUCGACAGAUGACGACCCGUCAUUUCUCAAAGCUGUCUUAAGAUUAACGGGUGAGACUUUCACGUCUGACCUCAAGGAUCCUUUGUCUGAAAAAUUCAAGACACUGUCAGCCUGGCUGGAGAAUAUUCUUAUGUCUUUAUACACAGAAGUACAUGGUUUCAGAGAUGUAGAAGUUGUAAGAUUCAGGUAAUUUCAGCACAAAUUUUGAUCUUAGUCUUUGAAACUCGGUUACAGCAUGCUGUAUGAUUAAGAUUUUUAAAUCUUAUAUAAUUUGGUCCAUCAUUGUAGAAACGGAAGUGUCGUAGCAGAUGUGCUCCUGACUGCCGCGAAAGGAGGUUCGUCAGUUGUUCAAAACAAACUCCUUGAAGUUAUGGGCUCAAAUCAAUUACAAAAUGUUACAGUUGACUCGUUUGGCGUCAUUAAAGGUAAGGUAUAUCUAUUUUCUCGAGGAUUGAGAAAUUAGACAGAAAUCUAAUGAUUUUUAUUUGGGAAAGUGAAACUUUGCAACGUUCUCUGUUAUUGCUGUUGUUUUCCAAAGUUAACACCGCCUUCUCCAUUUUAACGAUGUAGAAUUCGGUUUCAAAGAACAUACGUAGCCAAGAGAUUUCAUAGGCAUUUUUAGGAUAUGUUUUAUUAAACAAGCUUGAAGUAAAGAAAGUUGGAUAAUGGCCACCUUUGAGUUUCUUAACAGCGCCGAACGAGAACGAGUCUAAUAUGCACCGAUCUUUACUUCAUACUUGGUUAAUUUAGGAUCUAUUAUUGUCAAACAGUGGCUUUUGUAGGGGCAAUACUGUGACAGAAAAGGUCCAAUUAGGCCCUUGCUGGGUAGCCAAUAGGAAUUCUAGCUGCAGGAUCCCCUCGUCUUACUUCAGCUUCCAGGGUCAGACACUUUAUAAAGGUGGUUUUGAAAGCAUUGUACUUACACGUUUUUCCUCAGCGUGUCCAAAAGAAUUUUUUAACGUAUCUUGGAGUGGAACUUUUGAGGGAGUGUUUGCCACGCAGAACUGUCCCAGAGGAGCAGCGGGUGAGUCAAAUAGCGGCAAAAUCAGUGGAAUCAUUUAGAAAGCGUCAAGGGAGUAUUACAAAGACACCUAGUUUAACCAGAGCGUUCUAUUACCCAAAAAAAGCGGUUUACCCUGAAUUCGGUUCAGAAGAGAAUCCCACACGACAUUAACAGACAUGUUAUUUGAUGAUUUGAAAAUAGUGACACUAUGGUGAACUCGUGGAUAUACAGUGCAGAAUAUAAGUCAAGUUAUAUCGACAAGGAUUACUCGUUCCUAUGCUUCGCAUAUCCACGAGUUAAAAAGUAGAACUUCCCUUUUCAAACAGACACUUCUAUCCAUGGAACAGUUUCCCUAUGCUUGGCCUGAGGGCGUCUCUUGAGUGAAGGUUUCACUUUAAAAGACAUACUGUCAGUUUAAUUCGAUGCUUCUAGGUUUCUUGUGUCGACGAUAAAUGUCUCUUCCGUCCUACUUUAGGUGUGGCCAAAAGGAAAUGCUUAAACGACGGUGUGUGGGGGUACCCUGACUACGGAGAGUGUAUCAGUCAAGAAUUCAAUCAACUACAAGAAAAGGUCUCGACUUUUUAACAUUGUCUAAGUGGCUGAACUGUGGCAUGUUGGUUAAUAUUGUUUCUGCCUAUCAUCAAUGAAUUCCACUCUUCAACGUAGAAGCUUAGCAGCCUUCUGUCAGAAAACUCACGGCAACAACCCGUGACUGAGUGUCGAUUUUUUUUUUAAGUAAUUUUUUUUUAUCAAUCCCAGCUGCAUUUUUAAACACAUUUUAUCAUUACUCAUAGGAUGACCAUUUUUGUUACCCACAUGGUAGAUAAAAAAGAACUGGGAGGAUUUUCGAUCAAUCUUAAAAAUGUCUAUCGAUAUGAACGCUGAUGAAAUCGGGCCAAUAUUUCUUGAAUAUAAUCCGAUUUGAUCCUAUCUGAUUUUUCCGGUUAUUUCCCUCUAUGGUUUCCAGUACUUAACUGAGACUUUGUGCAUUUUUAGGAAAAAUAUUGCUACAUUUUAGCCGCAUCCAUUAUAAUUGGUCAUCCCCUUUGAAUUUCCAAAAUUUUCAUUGAACUCCAAAACAAAACAACGGAGGGAUCAUUUCCUCCCUUAGUAUCGUUCAAUAGGGCUCCGAUUUAAGUAUCUAUGCAACCACAACAUAUACGUAAUCUUAACUAUUUAAAAGAUAUUAUUACCUUCUCUCUAAACACUUUCAAAGAUCUUAUGCCUUUUAUCUCCUUUUGUUAGAUGAAUGGCUUGUUCAACUCAUCAAAUCCCUCCAACGAAAAUAUCACAGCUAUUAUCACAGAACUGUCUUCCCUAACUCAACCAAAGAAAUACGAUUCCUUGAUGGCUGGAAAUAUCAAGACAUCGACGCAGAUUUUACAGAAUGUGGUCUUUUACAACAAAAAGUUUGCUAACAGUCGUGAGACAGUGUCAACAAACAUUGAAGUAAGAGAACGAUUUGACAAAGCUUCUUUAAUUUGUUUCCAAAGUCAGUCUCGAUUUUUAGAUGGUGCAACUUUGUUGAUGUUCUUUAACAGAUGGACCUGAACAAGACUCAAAUCCCACUUUUCUAGUCUAAGGGCAUUUCGGAAUUACAUCUCCUCAUUGAGGGUUUGACUCUAAUUCAAACAACAAAGGAACAUUGACCCCUUGAGACCUCGUAAUUCAAAAAGUAGCCCAGUGAUAAAGUUUGUAGCCCAAUAGUUACAGUCAUAUAAUAGACUACUCAUAUCGUAGUAAUCCUGUCUACCAGGAGCGAUUCAAAUAUCUUGUUUUCAUAUCAUGUGAACAUGUUGUUUUUGUAAUUUUCAAUAGGGAUUUCUUCAAACCGUUAGUAAUCUUCUUCACACGAACAAUCUCAGAGAUUUCCAGCAGCUUCAAGAGGUACAAAUGCAUUUCUCCGGUCCCAAUUAUCCUAAAAUCUCCUAUUUUUCUGUAAGAUUACACAUAGUAUUUUGUGUAUAUUCAGUUUGCAUAAUUUGUAAAAAUUUGGCGAAAUGCGUUUUUUUUUUCAUUGGCGGAAAAUUUCAGUCAACGAGUUUAUUGGAGAAUUCAACUUCCCCGCCUCCUUGAUUACCAGAAUGGCUACCAUUCUUCCGCCUUCCCCCUUCCCCCUCCUGUUCAACGCUAACUUAUUGUAAUUUUACCUCAACGCUGUGGAAGGCCUUUAUACUUUUCAUUUUAAUUUUUGAAUUUCACUCAAACUGUAUUACCUCUUUCUAAUAGACCGAUAACACCACAACUGAUUUGACCAGAAUAAUCGAGGAUUACGGACUUCAGGCAGCUUCUGGACAAAAAAAUGACAGAUUGAGCGUGGUGAAAGAUAACAUAGGUAAUAAAGGCUUUUUAAAGAAGCGAGAAAUUCUCCAAAAAAGUGUGAAAUGUACUGGCGAUAUUGCAAUGUCUUCGUCUUUUUUUCUUUUAGCAAUGGAAACAAGACUUGUACCUGACAAUGUGCAAGAACCUUUGAUGUUUCCAAAUCAUUCAGAUUAUAAGGAUGGCAUCCUCUCUUCGCCAGCUUGGACUGAAGGUGGAAGGCAGUUCAUCAAGUUACCAGAAGAAAUAUUCAAUCGACAAAAUCAUCCUUCAACAAACGGUAUGGUGUAAAUCAUCCAAAUAUCUUUAUGCAAACAAAUAAGUGAGAAAUCAACAAUCAAGCAAACAGACUUUAAUAAAUUCUAACUCUGUAUGAAUAUAUAUGAAGCCAAUCACUGUAUGGCAAUAUCUUCUAUUCCACGCACUUCUUACAGCCAGCAUUUCGAGGCACAAGAAUCAUUCUUUUAAAUGAAGCUAACUUUUAGACACUUAGUGUUUGUUAUACUUGUCAAUGGUUCAAUUGGUUGUUGUGAUUUCCCUGGUUUUGUCUUUAACAAUAUUCGGUCGAAAAUUACUGUGCUGGGUUCAGAAAAUAGUACCAGUUGUUUCGUCAAUAUAUUUUUUAAUUCGUCGCUUUACGUAUUUUUUGUUAAUCCAGGAACCAAAGUAGCCAGUUUUUUAUUCAGAACAUUGACUCCAUUUCUGUCACAGGAGAGGUGCGUAUUGUCGCUUUAAUUAUUGAAAACUUAUGCUUGUUGUACAUUUCCAUUAUCACUGAAUCAUGAUAAGGAAAGAGAAAAAAUAGAUUGUCAUUCUUUAUUCUAGUGCAUAUGAACAAUUUGACCAGCGGUCUGGCGUGGUAUCACGUAUAAUUGCCAGCUCAGUGCAGCCACCUGUUGUGAAACUCCAAAACCCAGUUGUGAUAAAUUUCGUUGGUAUUCAGGUAAUUGCAUCGUGUGAUACCCGCAAAUUCAUAGUUGAAAUUGUCAAUGAAGAGCUUAUGAAAACAAACUGUCGACCUAUGUGCAUCGGCCAUACGGGUCGCUAUUAUUAUUAAUUGUCCCUACCCAAGACAUAGAUAUUAGUGCAGGGUUUACAGAGGUAAUUUUUUAGCAAGGCGGUGAAGCUCAUUCCACGAUUGCAUAAGCGAUCGUGCAAGGAAGUAGGUAAGGGGUGUUUUGGGGUCUCAGGUUGUAUUUCAUCCCUUUCGCGUUAAGAAAGUGGGAAUUUCCCUUAUUAAAACAACCAUGGUUCAUCACUUUGACUUCAUUUGCUAUGAGGAGAAAAUGCAUGACGAUAAAAUCUCACCUCAGUUUGUUUAAUUACUUCUUCUUAGGAGAACCAAAGCACUGCGAUUUGCGUUUAUUGGGAUUAUAACAUGUAAGUUAUAAAUAACAAUAGAGAAAUUUUAAGGCGUAAAAGCUUCAUCACGGCUACUAAGGAAUCAUAAAUCUCAGAAAUUGAAGAGAAAUCUUGAUGCAUGAUCUUAUAGUGCAAGGACACAAUCAUGAACCGUGGAGAAUGGUCAAAGAAAGUUAAGAAAGCAAAUCUGUACAGCACUUUUUUCCCUAAGCGAUUUCUAUUACAUGAAUUUGCAGUACAGAAACCAUCUCUUUACCGUUAUCAAGUGUACUCUCAUAAAUGGCUAUAAUCCUAAACCCGGUAUCUUUCAUAAGUGUAAUUCUUAACGUCAGAUAUAGACUAAGGUGGCGACUCUAGAGGAAGAACUAUGAGUUGUUCUUUUAAGCUUGGUAACUGAGAAAUAUGUGAGGAAAGAGCGAAUGAUUUAGUCAAUCCUUAGACAACCUUGUUCAGUAAUCAAAGUCUGUCAAUUCAGAAAUUCCAGAGGUGGAGGCUGGUCGAAAGAUGGUUGUGAGUUGGCGUCUCAUAGAAAUGACACAGUUACCUGUGAAUGUAACCACUUGACAAAUUUUGCAGUUUUGAUGGAUCCGUCUGGGAUAUCAUCUGUAAGUUGACAAUUGUUUUAAUACUUUCGCCACUUAGAGUGACUAAAGUCACUCAAUCUCACUGUAUCAUGACAAAGUUAAGCAGAAAAGUGAUUACUAAAGGAUGUUGUUUUCGGGGGUGGAAGCGGAAUCGUGAAUCAUAAAUCAUAGCUGUUGCACUAAAAUUAUCAUGACUUUUCCGUUUAAAACCCAGGAAUCAUAAAUUACGGCUGUGGAUCUGCUUGAAACUCAGUUGACCUGGACUGCAAUUCUAAAUAAAUAAGGCAAAUAGUCCCAAUGAUUCUAUUACAUCUCUUAGAGUUUUGACUUUUAAAGGGGGAAGACUGUUUAAAAAAUAGUAAUGCUGUUAAUUCUCGGUCAAAAUAGAGCCGCUUCCAGAUUAAUUAGCAGAUAGGUAAUGUUGAUGCACCAUUCCAGCUAUAUUCUCUUUUCCUCGUCAGAGAAAACAGUUUGUUCAGCAUUUGUCAUAAGCCACAAAGCAAUAUUCAAAGCAACAUAAUAAUUUUUAUUUUUUUUUAUCUGAUUUCCCUCUAGAAACAGUCGGUACACCAGAAAACUUUAGGAUAUAUUACCGUGGUUGGUUGUUCUCUUUCGCUGUUGGGAAUUAUUGUUACACUUAUUCUUCACGGUGUUUUAUGGAGGUUUGUAUAAUUUUGACGUUUUACUUAAUCAAUCAGGUUUAAUAGAGGCAAUUGAGUCAUCUCAAUCCACUCUAACAAAUAGAGAUAAAAAGACGGGUUAUACUCAAUCAAGUAUAUUAUGGUAAAUAUCCCCCUCUUUCAACGACAUCGAAGUGAACAAUUGUUUUAGAAUAUGUAACUAGGAAACCAAAAGAAUUAGUCCUUUCAGUCAUUAUACCGUAAAAUGGUCGGAAAUUAAACUCCGUCUCUUCGGCUGCCUGGAAGUGAAUAGUACUUCCUGAUCACCUACGAAAUAGCCAAUCAGUGCUCUUGAAAAGCACUAGUCGCCUCUGUGGUUUAAACUAAGUGUUUAACUCUGUAAUUUUAUCUUUUACUUAGAAUAUUAAAGUCUCACAAGACAGUGAUCCAUGUCAAUCUGUGUAUCGCACUUUUGGCUGCGAAUGUUCUUCUUCUAAUUGGAGCAGUAUCCACAGAAUACGAGGUAGUUUCCUUGCCAAAAUAUGACCACUAGUACCUUUAAUAGUGACCAAAAUAUGAAAGUACAAUUAUCCAAAAUCCCAUGAAGGCAAUCAGAAAUCCUCUACAUGUUACAGCCAUGUCAAAUUUUAAGACUUUAUGCGCUCAUUAUGCUAUCGGGCACUUGUAUCAUUUUUCAAUUCAUUUUCGUUUUAAUCCUAGAAACAUUUUUUGUUACAGGUUGCUUGCAAAGUAAUCUCCGUCCUGCUUCAUUUUUUCUAUCUGAGCGCUAUAUUUUGGAUGUUGGUCGAGGGAUUACAGAUAUACUCUUCAAUUGUUAAAGUAUUUGGUGGAGAAAGCAAACAAAGAUAUUUCUACUUUCUUGGCUGGGGUAAGUGUUUCACUUUGUUAGAUGAAAAUAUUUUUAACUUAGGUGAGUAAUAUCACAGGACAUUACUUCUAUUAUUUUAGUAUUUCUUUAUCCUAGAGUUCCCGGAGAGUCAAAGGUUUCAUUACCUCUAAAACCAGUUUGUUGAUUCGCUACAAAAUGGUUCCUUCUUCUUGACCUCUGCAUUAACGCUAUUCAAGGUAGUAUUUAGGAGAUUAGAAAUCGUUCUACGAGGUUUUCUCUUCGUGGUGUCUCUUUUCAACUAAAUUUGAUGAGAAUGAUCAAGAAACAGGAUGGAUUAUCUGAAGGAUAACUAGAAGAAACGUGCGUGCAGAACCUAAUUUACGUAUGUAACACUGUACACAUAAGAAAUUUCUCCACGGGCCUCCUACACGUCUGUAGUCUGACGUUGUUAUAGCCCUGGAACUCACCUUCCAUUUUGCUCCUUUAACCUUGCAGGUUUUCCGCUGUUGUAUGUAGCUAUAUGUCUAGUAAUCACAAGAACAGAAGGAUAUGGAGUAGAUGAAACGUAUGUCUAUGGGAAGAAGAUUUAAAAUGGUUCCUUAUUUCAAUUUUUUCCAAAGAUAUAUUGUUAACUACCCUCGAAUGCACUCUCUGCAACUUUAGUUUGGUUGCCUUGAGUUGUUCUAGACAUAGAGCUUUCUAUAAAAAUUAUCUGCCAUUGUUCUAAAGUAGAACAAUGUAUAUUGACCACGUGUUCUAUCGUCUUCGCUGCUCUAUCCCUCUGGUAGGAUAUACAAUUCAAAGACGUCUUUAAGUUCAUGGUUACACUCGUUUUUGCAAAUGAACUAUUUGUCAGUAUUGAUUUUAAUACAUUUUACCACAUCGUCAAUAUCGAUUUAAUAGAUUUUUAAUAUGUUUGGAAUUGUUUCAAAUCAAGUCUAAACAUCCCAUAACUUCAUCACUGAUUUGCAGAUGCUGGUUAUCCAUCACUUCUGGUUUAAUUUGGACGUUUAUCGCUCCUGCUCUUGCUGUUGUGUCGGUAGGUUAAGAAGUCUUUCCAUUGUCCAAAAAAAAUUAUAGAAAAACCAAAUAAGUCUUUAUAUUCUAAUCCAAACCUUGGGCUUUAAAUUGAGAUAACGACAAACAAUCCAAUGAUAAAAAAGGGAACAUCUUAAUACGUUCGCGUCUACACUUUUCUGAUCAAUAGAGGACACCCGAAAACACUGUUUAGAAAACUUUUAUUGAGAUUUCUUCACGUCAUCCACCGAAUGGAGUGAAUGAUAUUUGUUAUUAAAUUAAUUCCUGGUAGGUAAACUGCAUCAUAUUUGUAUUGGUUCUACGGGCCAUGAUGACAAGUCACAAAAUGAUUGGGGCUCAAGACAAGGAGAAAAUAAAGUAAGACUCAAACAUGGAUCGUCUUUCUUAUUUUUAACCCAAGGUAUUAGAUAAAGGUUUUAUACUAAAGAACUUGAUAAACAUGAAAUUCAAGGAAAGUGAAAUGCUUCCAGGCGAAUUACGUCGGAAAAACUAAGUAGAAGUGGAUGAAUAAAGUUACUUCUUUUAGAAAAGGAUAGCAUAUGGUACAACUUUUAUGUUGUGUAAGACUUGCGUAAGUUGUGUAAGACUUUGUAUGGAAAAUUGACAGAGCAGUCGGUAACUCCAAUAAACCCUUGUGGAAACGGUACAAGUAUUUGCUUUGGAGUUUCGUCAAAUUCUUGAUUUCAAACGUAGUUUAUCCAGGGUAUGUAUUGACAUUACUCCUCGCAAGGGAUGUUUGAGUUGAAACUGGAAAAUUUGCGUUACUAGAGUGUUUAAGUUAAAGAAAGGAAGAAACCUCCUUAAGAGGGAACUACAUGAGCUAUGGAGAGCUGAUGACAGUUGUCUCUUAUGUUCCUUGAUAGACUUGGCAUAAAAUGUUCCAUCGUCCUUCUUCCUCUUCUCGGCAUCACAUGGGUGUUUGGUGUCCUUGCGUUCGAUCAAGCUACAGUGGUCUUCCUAUAUCUGUUUGCAAUCUUCAACUCGCUUCAGGUAUUUUCUUUUUGAAUAGAUGUCUCUAAAAUUCAACUUAGGUUUCUGUCGUAUUCAGUGUGGUGAGGCAGACCUUGAUUAAAAAAGUGUUUUUUUUAUUCUUGCGACGCAUUGUCAAUAACUCUUGAAGCAGAUCGCAACUUUUCAUCUGCAUGCCGUUAACAGUUUCUUUAAGUCAUGGGGUUGACUGGCUAGCGUCGUCACUUUAUGGAGCGUGUUUCUCUGCUAUGAUUGAUUGGUUUCCAACAACUGUGAUUGGUAUAUCAACCUUCAUCCAAAGUUAUAUAGGGAUGCAAACUUCCCAGUAGUUGAAAUUAAAAGAUGCUCAAUUCAGUUUGCUCGCUUUUUUUUGCAGGGGUUCUUCAUAUUUAUUUUCCAUUGUUUAUUCGAUCAACAGGUUUGUGAUGUUUUGUGGUACAUUAACCUAACCUCGUUUUCCAAUCUAUGUUCAGUAAAUGUUUUUGUUCUAAUAACUUGAUGUAGCAAACAAAUAAUAUCAGUGGGUGAAGCGGCUUACUUUUGACGGGAACACGUCGCUUCAAUAAUGCUAAAUAGGAGCGUGGGACAAAGAAAAAAACCCCGAGUACCACUUUCUCUGUCCCACGCUCGUGACAAGAUGAACAAACAUCUCACUCUAUUUCAUUACCGAGCUCAACAUUUACCAUCUUUCUCAUUAAAUCUCGCGGUCGUUCAACCUCAGCCGGCUAUGUUAGACCUAGGGUUAAAGUAUCUCAAAAAAUAAUAAGUCUCACGAACUUUCCUCUGAUUUCAAAAUUCAAUAUAGCAGCAAUACUGAGUGAUCGCUUCACAAAAACGCAUUCGAACACCAAGCUACACGAUUAUUCGCAAUGCCGUAAUCCCUGAAAAUCUUGCCAAUCGCAACGAAAGCCAACGUUCAACCCUUCAACCCUCAAAAGUAACCAGCAUAAAGUUUUAACCAAUGAAUAAAACUGAUAAAAGUCACGAGAAUACAGGGUUUGAUCGCUCGCUGAAAGCGCUCUUGCAUGAGUGAUAAACAAAUUCUCCUGUCGGCAAUGCAGGAAAUGUAUAUAUAGUAGAACGAAGAAUAUACAUACUGAUAGUAAGGUGUUAAGGGUCAAUCCUUUAACUCUCAAGAUCUGAUUGUUAAUUCUCCCCUCUAGCUGCUACACAUUUCCUUGUAAAUAACUUAAUUUGGUGUUAGAUCGAGAUAACAACUUCUACCUGAUAACUUUAAAUAUUCUCAUGACCUGUUUGCUGGAUAUUGUUUAAAUAUUACAAGGAGAAGUCACAUAUUCAUCACUUCCGGGAGUUGAAGGGUUAAUGAUAUAGUUUGCUCGGUUCGACAAAUGCCAGAGAGGCACGAAUGAAGAAAAUGGAGGCAAAGAUGGUUCAUUAUGGAGAAGUAUAACGCAGAUUGCAAAUGGAGACGUAGUGAUAUUUUUUCUAAAUUUCGUAGGAUGUAUAACCAUGGUUUCGUUUCAUUGAAACAUUUUCUUAAUUUUAUCAACGUCAUCUAACUCUCUCAACAAAUCAUGGAAAAAAAACUUUUUUCGCAUUUUUAGGUGAGGUCAGCGAUGAUGAUAUGGAAAGGAAAACGUCAACGAGCGGCCCACGCUUCAGGUGUUGAUGCGACGCAAAAGGUAUAUAUUAUUAUUCAAUUCAUUCAGAUAUUGCAGUUUGCUUCAAGGAAGUAGAUUCACCCCAUCGAAUCAACUGAAAACUCCAUUUGAUGUUAUGGUAAAAUCAUGAUAAUUUAUAUGCAGAAUGUUUUACUUUCCGUAGUAAUAGGUUGAGAAUGAAUUUAUAACUUUGACCCACCGAAAGUAACUGGUUUGAACCCAAAAACAACAUUUGCCGAUAAUCUAGUUAAUGUUUAAUUGCCCAUGUGAGAGCAGGGAGUUCUGUGGAGGAAUUUUGUCGGUCUAUUAGUUGCUGUAAAGGGUUGUUGCAUACAGCAGUUGUGAUAGGUCAGCUUCGAUUCAUCGAUAUAGCAAAGUCGUUCCAUGCGGCGAAUUUUUUUUUUGUUUGAAUAUCGUGAAAAAAUAAAACCAUGCAGGUAGUUAUUGACGUCUGUUUAGAUGACUUUAAUAGUGUGACGAGGAAGAGUUUUCACUAACAGACUUACUUGUGGGUGAGAUGUUGCUGCUAAAGAGGAUAAAAGACGCUAGAAACUGUUUUGAAGUGUUUCUAACUCAGUUCAUCAUCAAAUAACAGUCAUUUUCAGGCUGAUGCCAUUUUGAUAAUCUGAACUCCAUUUUUUCACAGAGCAAACCAGUCAGCUGUAGUCUUACGACGGAGAGGUUACCAAGCCAUGGCGUUCGAAUGACUGAUUUGAGUAUCAAGAAAAACAAUCAAAAUUACAGACGUAGUGGAGAAAUGAAUGGAAAUUUCACAUGUAAGUGGUCCAUUUUGUGGUGUGUAGCCUAG